CCACUAUCUAACCAAAAACACUCCUUCUCUCCUUAUUUCUCUUCCUAUCUCUCUCUAACCUCUCACUAAAAAUCUAAUUACUCUUUUUUUUUUGGUUAUUUGGCAAAUAAGCCCUAUAUUAUAUACAUUUAUGCAUAUUUUUUGUCUUUACUCGGCUUGUAAUAAUACAGCUAUAAUAUUAAUUUUUUUUUUUUUUUGAAAAUAGCUAUAAUAUUAAUUUACUCGAGUAGAUUACAAACGUCUCUUUUUCGUUUGCCUAUGUUCACAUAGUGUGCUAGCCAUUCAAAUCUAAUCGUAAGAUGCCUUAAUAAAUACUCAUUAGAUGAUAACAUGAGCCAUGCAGAGUGUAAGUUUUUUAUAUUAAUGUUCAUUCAUUAUAAAAAUCAGAUAGGCAAUAUCGAUUGUAAAGCGACGAAAGGAGAUUAUGUUUUCUGCUCUUAAUUUGUUUUCUAUCGAUUCAGAUUUCAUUUUCUACUUCUAUAAAAUUAUAAUCGCGUUUUCGUUUUUGUUUUACUAAUCUGAGUUUUAUUUCUUUUUUAACUUCUUCUGUGAAUUCGGUGAAUUACGUUAAUUUAAAAAGAUUGACAUCUGUAAAAGUUAGUUCCACUCCAGAUACAUAUCUAAGAAUCAAAAUUUUGAAGAAAAUAACCGGCAAACUCUAUUCACAUGUAAGUGUUUAAAUAUGAUAAAUCAAGUGUUAUAGAAUAUAAAUGCGGACUCAAAAUAUAAACAAAAAGUACGUAUUUUAUUAACCUACGUUUUUGAGAUUUAGUUAUUUAAGAGUAUAUCGAUAAAAAAAUAUUUUACCUUGCUAGUAUAUGUAAACUAUGUAUAAAGUAAUAAAUGUUUGAUUUAUUAAAUGAUAAAUCAUAAAAUUUAUUAUAAAUAGUUCAAAUCUCUCAUUCUUACAAUUAUAAUAGCCAGAUAGGAUAUUAUAGAAAAACAAAUAUUAGACGAAUGAUCAAAUUUCUCAUUUUUCGAACAAACUCAAAAUAAUGUGAAUAUGAUCUUAUCAUUGAUAUUUUAUUAAAAGCUUUAUAGAAAUAAAAAUCAAAACUAAAAAAUUUAAAAUGAAAUAAUAUAUAUAUAUAGUGCUUUUAAUAUUAAAAAUAUUUCAAGGUAGAUAUAGCAGGAUGCUGACGUGGAAGUAACAAAUAUGGUGAAAGUAACAAACGUGGAUAUGUAAUUAUAGAUAUAGCACGACUUUUCCAUGCCUAGUCGUUAAAAUCGUUUCAUCACAUGACUAUUCAAUAUUCAACUAAUUAUUUUUGCUAAGGAUAUUAAACUGAAUUUUAAAAGACUAAGACCAUCUUUAACCCUAUUACCCCUAAUGGGUUUCUUAGUAACUUUUAAUUAAUAAAAUUAAUCAAAUAACUUUAGUUAAGAAACUCCUAUUUUAGUCGGUUUAUUGGGAGUUUCUUAACUAGAGGUUCUUAAAAAAAAUAUUAAAUAUUUUUUUCAAUAUAAAAUUUAUUUAUUAAAUAAAAUAUAUUAAAAAUAACAUUUAAAACAUAAAUAAAAAAAUUAAAAUUAAAAUUAGUACAAUAAUCAAAAAUAAUUUAAAAAAACAUCCGAGCUUGGUAGUUGUCUCAGUCACGUCCAAAUCGAUUCCGUAAAUGUUCAACCAAAUCGGCUUUAAGUUGUUGAUGGGUAUGUGGAUCACAAAUUGCAGUUCGAACACCCAUCAUAUUGGCGAUAUUUGUAGGCAUUUCUGAAGAAAAAUCGAGAUCGACAUGUGAAGUUCUGGUGUUUUUUCCUUGUUGAAACUCUGAAACAUUAAAAUGAGUAUAUCCAUCUCGUUCGUGGAUCGGUGGUGGAGGCUCCGUCGGAGAGUUUCGAUCGAUCAACGGUUCGCUUCUCUUUCGCACGACUGAGAACACGAGAGAGAGAGAGGAGAGAGAGGAGAGAAGAAAUUAUAAAAAAAAAAUACAGAACCAUAUACUUUAGCCUAACUGCUGACACGUGCCUCAUAUAACCGAUCAUAUAGUCGGUCACAAAAGUCCCCUCUUUAGGAUCGAUAACAGCAUAUUUAAUUUGUUUUUAUUUAUUUAAUUGAGUCAUUUUAUGUAUAAUUCCACUAAGGACCGCCCGUUAAAGAUGGUCUAAGGUCCACAUCAUUGUGUGCCGCUUUGGACUUGGUCUCCAUUAGUAAAUAGUCAUUAAAUACACACCGAACAAUGCAUUCACUUCACAAUUUGUUUUAUGAAACAAAUCUUGCUUAAGUUCCAACAAGAAGUAGUAAUAACAUAGUAUCAGCAAAUGGAGUUUUUCCAUAACGCUAAAGCCGUUAGGAUGCGUAACGUCCACGAGAAGUAUCUUAUGGCGGACGAGGACGAGGAGACGGUGGCUCAAGAAAGGAAUGGUUCCGACAAGAGAGCUCGAUGGAUCGUCGAACCAGUUCGUGGUUCCUUUGAAGUGAUCCGUUUGAGGAGUUGCUACGGUAGCUAUCUCACCGCAUCGAAAGAGCGGUUCUUGCUCGGUGCCACGGGGCGUAAAGUGGUUUUGUCGAAACCGAGUGGACUUGACUCGUCCGUAGAGUGGGAGCCGGUGAAAGAAGGGUCAAAAGUAAAGCUCAAGACUAGACACGGUCGCUUCCUCCGAGGCAAUGGUGGGCUUCCUCCGUGGCGUAACUCAGUCACUCAUGGCUCUCAUCAUAGUUCGGACUCGUUCUUGUGGGAUGUUGAUGUCGUGGAGAUCUUGGUUGAAAUGACGUCUCCGGCUCCAGCUCCGAUAUUACUACUCCGCAACAUAUGAGGCUGUCGAAGACCUCCGAUGUCUAAGACCACUUCAGGAAAAUCGGAGGAAGGGGUUGGUAUUGUUAUUUAGGACUAGACAACUUAUCUACCCGAAUUGUUAUUUGUUUUCAGUCAGAAGUUGAAAAAAUAAAAAUAAUAACGAGACUGAUCAGAUAUCCACCAAUAAUUGAUAAUAUUUCGAAUAUCUCCAAA